AUGCACUCUUCACGAGCAGGAGGUAAAGAGCGGUCCUACAUCGAAGGAAGAGUUGCAGACUCGCGAUUAGUCCGCUUACGAAGAAGCUCAAGAAAUAAUUUCGAUCCAUCGCUAACAGUAGAUGUACGAGCUGAAUUGACGGCUUUGGAUAUUACAAAUGAAGUUGAACGACGACCUGUGGUGAAAGCUAAGCUCGCCGUGGCAUGGCUGCUUAGUUUGGGGAAAAAUCUCUUUGCCACUCCAGCAUAUUCACUGCCUCCGUACCCUGCACACUGGGCCCUGCCGUCUCAGACGUCGGACGCGCGAGAACAGUGUCCACAGACGCUGACCUGCAUGCCGUUCUCGGAGCUGCAGAGCGUCAAAUUUCACGUGAUUGCUCUGCAGGAGACCAAGUGCAAAAGGAGCGACGUACGACAGAUGAAUGACGGUUCUGUCGUUAUUCGUGUAGAGAAGGUUCCGUCGCGAAAUGUAGGCGAUGUUGAUUUUGUUGUGCAUCCAUCUGUCGUCCACCUUGUCGACCCUCACAAGAUCCUGUCACCUCGCCUGGCCAUUCUUUGCCUCCGCCCUCUGCGCCAAAAAUCCAUCAGUAUCAUCAAUUGCUACUCACCAACAUCAGCAGCUGAUGAAUCCGAACUGAACGCGGUUUACGAGGAGCUGGAGGAAGUAAUCCGCAACGAGAAGUCCUUCUACAAAUUCGUUGUCGGAGAAUUCAACGCAAAACUAGGAAAGGCCACAGAAGAGGAAUACAGGAUUGGAAAAUUUGGACUAGGGGACCGGAAUGAAAAUGGCAAUCGUCUCGCCGGGCUGUUGUUCACCGCUUGCCUCUUUCAUGGAAACUCUCUUUCCAUGAAAAAAGAUCAUCGUUGGUGGACAUGGGAAUCGCCGAAUGGCGUGCGGAGAUCGACCACAUACUCACCAACCGGAGGUGGUGUCUACUUGACGUCUCAGUAG